AUGAGCCGAGUACUGUAUUCGUUAGCCUUUUUCGCGUUCACAUUCGCUUUACCAAAAUUAAGCGAAAAGAGAAUGUCCGAAUUCUCGUCUCCACCAAAUAACACUCCCGUUGGUCGAGUGUUUGUCUUCGGCAAACCGAUCUACGUUCGUCAACCAUUCGUCCAACCACUCAGAAAUGCUCCAUUGAAACGCCAAGCCUAUGGUGGAAACGACUACGCUCCAGCUCCAGCUCCAGCUCCACAAGACUAUGCUCCGGCUCCAACUGGUUACGAAGAGCCAGCUCCUCCAACACCCAAAUACCCACUUCCACAAUGCUACACAAAUGCUGCCGGUUACAUGUGCUGCAAUAAGGAACUCGAAAAAGUGAUUGAUGAUGUGUACAACGAUUUGAACCAAGGAGAAUGGAAAAAUUGUAAUACACAAAAGAUUGCGAAUUCAUUGCAAGAGAAAUGUCAAGAGAAAUUCGGCACCGAUUUCGAGACAAUCACUGGAGUCGGCGAUUUCGCAUCGAAAGCUCAUUUCUAUUCGGAUUUGAUCUGCAAAACCGAGAAAGACGGACGUGUUGUCUUGGCCUAUGCUACUCCAAAUCGUCACAACAAGCCUCCACCCGCACCCCCAGCCGCUUACAAUGAAGAGCCGGCCCCACCACCAGCUCCCGCCGCUCCAGCCGCUCCAGCCGGUCCAUACUUCACUGUGAGAAUC